UUGAACAAUUAUAGGAGCUUGGGAUUGGACCAGUCCUGUGGGGUUGGCUUCUGCCCAUACCCCUGGGAGUCUCUGUUGCCAGUCUGAAAGAUUUUCCAACUGUAUCUCUUGACCGGAGGCAGAACUUUCAGUGAGGAGAUAUCCUUCUGACAGAUGACAAUGGCAGCAGCCAGGGCUAGCCUCGGCCGGAUCCUCCCAGAAUCCUCCAUCCUGUUCCUGUGUGACAUGCAGGAGAAACUUCGAGACAGAGUCCUCUACUUCCCACAGAUCGUGUCAAUGGCCGCUCGGAUGCUUAAGGUGGCCCGGAUAUUAGAUGUCCCCAUCUUGCUGACAGAGCAUUACCCACAAGGCCUGGGCUCCACAGUUCCUGAGCUGGGUGCUCAGGGUCUGCGAACCAUGAGCAAAACGUCCUUUAGCAUGGUGCCCCCGCUUCAACAGGAAUUGGACAAACUUCCCCAGCUGCAGUCCGUGCUCCUCUGUGGCAUUGAGACCCAAGGCUGCAUCUUGCACACAGCUCUAGACCUCCUAGACCGUGGGCUACAGGUUCAUGUAGCAGUGGAUGCCUGCUCUUCUCAAAGCGAGAUGAACCGGCUGGUGGCACUGGCCCGAAUGCAGCAGAGUGGCGUCUUCCUGUCCACUAGCGAAAUGUUGAUUCUCCAGCUUGUGAAGGAUGCCGCCCAUCCUCACUUCAAGGAGAUUCAGAAGAUCCUCAAAGAGCCAGUCCCAGACAUCGGACUCUUAGGCUUCCUCCAAGGCAAGAAAAACUCCCUGUUGCCCAACUCCAGGCCCUGACUUGAAGGAAGCACCCACCCUCCUUGUCACCCAGACGUUGAUGGAUGACUUUUCCUUCAUUCGUGGAUCCCAAGAGUGGUGCCGUCCGCCAGGAGAACCGCCCCCGUGGGAGAAGAGGCGUGGUUAUGUCUUCCGAUUGGGCAACUGGCCCCGGAAAUGCAAAUGAAACUCCUUGAUGCUGGGUGGGAAUUGGUUUAGAGAAAGGUGGAGGUGGGGCUGGGCCCCGGGCCACUUCACGAAGCGGGAAAAGGAGGGGGAACGAAUGUCACAACUGGGACCCGGUCUUAGAGAAUAAACAUUUAUGUGACUGA